GCGUAAAGAAGGAAGUCUUGAAAUGGAAGGCAACCGUAAUUGAAGGCAUCGUGAGAAGCCUGACACGCAUGAACUUCCCCCAGAAGCCCCCAAAAGCUUCAACCGCUCUGAGCUAACAAGCAAAGAAAAGCAAAAGCAAAACGCAAAAGCAUACGCCUUGUUAACAGAUUUCAUUUUCAGAGCCUUACUUUUAAAGGAUUGUGCGUAUCAUUUUAAAACAGUUUCCUUAUUGGGUGCCCGCAGAGAUUGGAGCUACAGGGAGAGCAGUCUAAGCAGGUCUCUUCCUCGAUAGAGAUAUAUGGGAACUUUGGCUGCCGCUCCUGUGCUCCCAUCAAAGCUCAAACAGUCUUCACUCUUUCAGCAACAACGCUCCCACUUUGUUUACAGAAAAGGACCCAAGACCAAGAGGAAUAACUUCGCUAUUGGUCCUGUAGCAAGGUUGUUUGGGCCUGCUAUAUUUGAAUCUUCGAAGCUGAAGGUACUGUUCUUGGGAGUGGAUGAAGAGAAGCACCCGGGGAAUCUUCCGAGGGCUUAUACGCUUACACACAGUGAUAUAACUUCUAAGCUCACUCUGGCCAUCUCACAGACAAUAAACAACUCUCAGUUGCAAGGGUGGUACAAUAGAUUACAAAGAGAUGAAGUGGUGGCAGAGUGGAAGAAAGUUCAGGGAAAGAUGUCUCUCCAUGUUCACUGUCAUAUAAGUGGGGGCCAUUUUCUUUUGGAUUUGUGUGCAAGGCUUAGAUACUUCAUCUUCUGCAAAGAACUCCCUGUGGUUUUGAAGGCCUUUUUUCAUGGAGAUGUCAAUUUAUUCAACAAUCAUCCUGAACUCCAGGAGGCUCUGGUUUGGGUUUACUUCCACUCAAACAUUCCUGAAUUCAACAAGGUAGAAUGCUGGGGCCCAGUCAAGGAGGCUGCAGCACCAACCGGUGGGGUCAACGAGGACAAAAUGCCCAAGCCCUGCCAAGAAGACUGUAGCUGUUGCUUCCCACCAAUGAGCUUGAUCCAACGGCCAGCAGAGCUUCCCCAUGAGACUGAAAAUGGUUUUGGGGCCCAGCAGAGCUUUCUCCAGCAAACCCAGCAAAGAUGAUGUGUCUCAUUGUCAUUCACUAGGUUUUAUUAAUAGUGUGUGCUCCUUGUAAAUACAAGCCUACUCCUUUAGAACCCCAGGCGGCCAGGCAAUAGUAUUGGCGUGGGGUUCGUCUCAGCAGUUUCCUUUUUGGGACGGAACUGAUCUUGUGCUUUAUCGUUAUUGAUAAGAUUUGAUCUGUCUCAUUUAAGGGCUGUGAUUGUUUGGUUCCUUCUUUCAAGAAAAAUGGUAGGUCUCUCUAUUUGUUAAUAUGUGACCUAUGUGAUUGAAGAGUGUUAAUUUAUUUUUAUUUUUUUUAAA